GGAAACAACCUGAACACACUGAAUAGUAUUGUCUUCUCCUUUAAAGGUGUGGGCGGAGAGUAGUGUGCAGAGUUAAGUUUCACUGACACCUCCCUUUCUAGACUCACAAACUGCAGAUCAGCCGUGUUGCAGUCCUGACUGGUGCUCUCGGCUGGGAUCUUAGUGCGUAUGUUGUGGUUUUUUUCCCCUCGACUCUUGUGGAUGUGGCUGCCAUCAAUGACGAACCACAACAGGGCACUCUGGGAAACUUCUGCGACAGGUCUAUUCCCUCCCCAAAAGUCACUGACCGCUGAAAAGGAUUUAAGCCACUUGGACUUCUCUUUCCCUCAUAUGUCUGUGAAUUUUCAUAAAUCAAAUAAGAAUUUUCAUCAAGUGCGGAGAUGGCAAAGUUGCACAGACUCUAUGUAGUUCUACUAACAGCUCUAGCACUGUGGAAACGUUGUCUGGCAGAAUGGAACGCCACCGACGGGUCCUCCAACCAAACCGCAUCCGUCUGUCAAGACAACUGCACAGAGAAAGACACAGAACAAUCGAAUGGCCACUUCUCAGAAUGUCCUGAGGAGCUGCUUUAUUACUGCAUCCAUGGAGAGUGUCGUUACAUUAAGGAGCAAAAGGCAACAUCCUGCAGGUGUCACGUCAAUUACCACGGUCACAGAUGUGAAUAUGUGUCGUUGGACCUGCAAAUUGGUCCCAGAGAACAAAUCAUAAUAGGCUGCGCCAUUGCUGUGCUUCUGCUGUUGAUGAUCCUCGUUAUUUCCAUCUGCGUCUGUUCACAUCGCAGGUGCAGAUUGUGGGGACGGAGGAGAAGACAGACGGAGGAGCUGAGAAACGGAACAGGGAAACGCAGCAUGCCGGACUCCAGUACAUCACACUCAACAGAGCUGACACCUAUCAACUCAGUAUGAAGACUCUGUCAGAGACGCCUUUAGGCAUCACAUGUUUACGCACGGGGCCGCUUCUGGCUGCAGGCUCACAGUAAAUGCAGGAGGCCUCCGGUGGCCCCUGGUCAGCAUCGAGGCCGACGAGGAACACCGCUUCACAGAAAAAUAUGUCAACCUGUGACAGAAGCUCAGAGGCUUCCUCUUGUCCUUCUGGAGACCUGCUGCGUUUGGAACAUUAAACAAGCUUUUGGAAAAUAACAACAACAACAACAAAAAACAAGAGGAAGAUGCCCUCCUGGAUUUAUGAUAAAUAUGAGCUGGGGUGAUGGAAAGGAGGCUUUUGUUUUAAAAGUAGUGGAGCAACAGACAUGGCCUUCCGCCGAGUGCUGCUGAUCAUGCAGCACUAAAUAAAUUGUUGCUAUGUUGGAAAAAGCUGCGAGGCCAGCUGGCAGCCAAUGAUAGCACUCCAUCAGGUUGGCAUCUACACUGUGAGAUGAGAGGAAAGCUACUGUCCUUUUAGAGAAACCGAGCUACAGAGAUCAACCUUUAUACAGAUUGUAACACAGCUGCAGCAGCAGGCUUGUUUACUGCUUGACUAGCUUUUAUGUGCCACAUAAUGAUCAGUUAUCACUUUCAACUUAUCACUGCAGAGCCACGUCUCCACAUAUGCUCACAGACGAUAUUGUUACUCGUGUGCAUGACCAAAUUCAAGAAGAGGCCCGUUAAGGUUGGAGCUACGUUAACCACACGGUUCAGAAAGGACAAGCAGAUCUUGUGCUGGAGGCCCUUUUUUUAAUCUGUAUGUUUAGAGCCGAGCAGCCUGGAGGCUACAGAACAGAACAGCUGAGUCUGUGUGCAAGGGCUGAGAGAGCUGCUCUGUUUCACAGCUGCCAAACUUUCACUGAGAUUUCAGAAUGUAACCAUGUAGACAUAAACUCAGAGUCAGAUAAGUCUGACUCUGAGUUUUAUAUCAAUAAACAUGCUGCUGCUUACUUUA